UUGGAGAGGAAGUCACCCUUUAAGCAUUCCCCCUCAUGUAAAUAUUCUAUAGAUAUUAUAGAUAAGUAGGAAGUGUAUUAUGGAAGAGGAUGAAUAUAAAAGGAAGAAAUGAGAGAAUAAAGUGUUGUCAAGACGUGAUGAGAGGUAGUUAAUGUAUGACAGACGCAUGUUUCUUGUUGACCUGUUGGUUUGCGUUGCCGUUGAUCUUGACCUUUCCAAAGUGGCUGCUGGCUUGUGCUAAUAAAACCAGGGCAGAAAUGAUGUCACAGAGACUCUAAAUAUGGCUGCCUGGUGCCUGUUACUGUUUGCUUGUAGCAGAAAACAUGUUUCAGAAUGUGUUUUUUCUGUAGUGUUCUGUGUUUGGUUCCACAGUUAAGAUUUUGCUGUAGUUACAUUGGUGCUUUUAACCUGCUUAGUGGCAUUUAUCUGGUUAUCCACUUGGCUAGUUAGCUGUUACUUUUAGUGGUUACACUGUGUUGUCAGAGUUCAGCACAGUAGUGUGUAAGCCAGAGCUCCUUCAAGACGUAAAGCAGAGGGUGUGGAAAUCCUCUCAAUUCUUUUCUUCAACAUGUCAUACGUCUACCAGUGGCUGGAUGUUCCGUGGGGAGAUGGAGACAUGGGGUCGUGGGCAGAUCGAUCCCCGCUCCAUGAAGCAGCUUCUCAGGGUCGUCUUCUUGCGCUGCGCACUCUGUUAGCACAGGGCUAUCACGCCAACAUCGUCACCAUUGAUCAUGUGACCCCUCUGCAUGAAGCUUGUCUGUCUGGACAUGUCGCCUGUGUCAGAGCACUGAUAAAUGCUGGAGCUAAUGUGAAUGCCACUACUAUAGACGGUGUCACUCCUCUGUAUAACUGUUGUGCCUCUGGAAGCGCUGGGUGUUUGGAGCUGCUGCUGCAGAAUGGAGCACAGACACAAACAACACACACACACUUUCCCUCAGCACUGCAUGAAGCCUGCAAGAGAGGUAACAGUGAAUGUGUGGAGUCACUUCUGUCUCAAGGAGCUGAUCCAGACAAUGAGUUAUCACAUCUGGGUUCACCUCUGUACAUGAGCUGUCUUCACAAACACACAGCCUGCUCCAAGAUCCUUCUGCACACAGGAGCCAAUGCUAACAUGGGCAGAGGAGCUGACAGACCUCUACAUGCAGCUGCCAGACAGGACAGUGCUGAACAGGUUUCACUGUUACUGGACUAUGGAGCAGAUGUCAAUGUCAGAGAUGGCAACAACCAGCGACCUGUGGAGCUGGCGCCACCUGGUGGUAAAACACAUCAACUGCUGCUGGCAUAUGACGUGUCUCCGAGGAGUCUCUGCCAGUUGUGUCGUUUCCAGAUCAGGAAUCUGAUUGGUCGAUCAAGGCUGAGGUUUCUCCCACUACUUCCUCUCCCGUCCCUGCUCACUCAAUACCUGGAGCACACGUAGGCAUGAAGGCAGCACGGAAGACAAAAGCAACAGAUUAAGAUGCCAUUUCCUUAACUUUUUAAUGUUCAGCCUGCCAAAUUAAAUCUUAACUUUAUUUAUGUACAUGUUAUCGUAUCACAGGUCAUUACAUCACAUAUCAGUAAGGAUACGACUCAUAUGACAUACAGAGAAUUUAAUACAACAUAACAUCAAAUUGACCUGUUUGUCUGAUAGUGAAUCUCCUCUCCUUCAUCAUUUUGGAAAUACUUAUAUGUACAUACCAUACUGACAUAUCUAUGUAAAUAUUAAUAAAUGAUAUAUAAUAUGAA